UGGCAAUGGUGGUGGUUGCUGAUGGUAGUGGGGAAGCAGGGUAGAGAGAAUUUAAUUUGAGCUUGCGAGGAAGUAGUUGAUUGGAGAUGCGAGGUACGGAUUCGUUGGCGGGAGAGCAGUUGUAGCUCGACCGUUGGUCUUGUUAGACCUUCCGGGAGAUCCUUUUGCUAAGAUCGCGAUUGCCGAUCCCAAUCUCGAUUGAUUUCGCGAACGCACGUGCGACGUGCGCACGUUUUCUUUGGUGCGAGACCGCGCCGUUCUUUUUUUUUUUUUUUUUGCGAGGCCACGAUUUCGGGCAAUGAACCUGAUUGAUUCCAUUCGACCUCGCUAUCACGUGCAAAUUUGCAAUUUCCACGUUUAUGGAACAGCCACAUAAGAAGCGACAAUCAAGUUCUCCGACGAACGAGUUCGUAGGUUGAGUCAACAAUGCAUUACGAUGCAUAAAUUUUAAAUCUCGGGAUUGAGCGCAGCUUUUGCAGAGUUCCACAGAGCAGUUGACGUGCAGUACCAUAACGUUGGAGGAAGAAACAGUGAACACCAAUAACGUAACAGCAUCCCUUACUGUAUCCGAAAAAAUCAUGAAUGUCUGCAAAAGAUUACGCUGGAUAUAUGUAGAUCUGGCUUUGGCGUUAUUAAUGAUCACACUCUUGGCGCUCUUGGAAUUCCUCGUGCAACCGUACCAGCAGAUCGGUUUCUUUUGCAAUGACCCGAAGAUCUCGUUCAAAUUCACGGGCGACACAAUCUCUGCAGGUGUAAUCAUAAGCUUCAGUGUAGCCGUGCCUUUACUAGUGAUAUGGAUCGCGGAAUACCUCUACUAUUCUGCCGACAGUUACGAGAGCGCAUCGUAUUACGGCACCCGGAGUAAACUAAUCUGGCGCUGGUACGGACAUUACACUGCGGGGAUUUUAACGCUUACACUCCUUUGCGAAACUAUGAAAUUCAUGAUCGGUGAGCCGCGGCCACACUUUCUCGACACGUGCAAACCGCGCGAGGCGGCCAACUGCACCAAUGAAUACAUCAUUUCUUACACGUGCACGAAUACCGAGGUUUCCGCCUGGUCCAUCAACGAUUCCAACAAAUCCUUUCCCUCCGGUCAUGCCGCUCUCUCCGUCUACACGAGCAUCUUCUUGGUGUGGUACCUACAGAACCGUAUGCCGAAUCGGAUGUUGUUUCUGAAACCAUGGCUGCAGUGCCUGGCGAGCAUGUGGGCCGUUACGUGCUCGAUAACCAGAGUGGGCGACAACCGGCACCAUUGGUGGGACGUUCUCAUCGGCGACGUCCUCGGGCUUCUAUUCGGCCUGUUCGUCGUAAUAUUAUCGUGCCGGCACUUCUGUCUCGAGCGUACCGCCGCCAAUGCCUCCAACGCUGCGACGUACGCCCUUAACGAGUCUCUGGAGAACGGCCAGAUCGGAGGCCAGAUCUGCUACAACAAGCAGCGCAAGCAUAACGUGCUGCUCAAUCCUAACGUCGACAUCUCGGAGAUCCGAGAAAUGAAGGACAUCGGACGAAUCCUGGAGUAAAUAAACGCAUUCGUAUGACGAGGGGAUGAUUUCAAGGGUGGAGAUGAGGACACAGGGAAACACAUAGAAUCGCGAUGAUUGAAUCAUUCGUUUCGGAAAAAAAUCGAACCACUCGUUCGUUCUAAAAAUAACGAUAGAAUAUUUUCGUUGUACCUGAUCUGUUGUUAAGUAAUAAUAAUGUAAACUCUUUUUUUGGUAUAUAAUAAUUGUAACAUGUAAAGAAAUAGAAAUGUAAAGUAAUAGAAGGAUGCACACUAACGGGUGCAGUAUCAAUAAUGAUUCCACUUUUAAAUCUUCUGUGACAGAUAUUAGAAUUCAAAUAGAUUAUUCGAUUUUAUCUUUACAUACACAUGAAGAUAAAACCUAAAACGAAAUAGGAAUAUUAAGAAAAAAACACAAUAAUAAUAUUAGUAAUACCAGUAAUAUUAAUAUAAAAAUAACUAUUAGUUUAUUAGACAAUGAUAAUAGAGUAACACUUACAAUUAGAAUUAACCUAAUGCUGUACAUAUACAUAUAUAAAAUAUGAACAUAUACGUAUAUAUGCGUACGUAUCUCUGAGUAAAUAUAUUCUGUACAGAAGAAGUAGAUGGGUAAGGAAAAUAAGUAAUAAUAGAGGUGAACAUAGAUAUAAAGUAAGGAAGAACACGAAAUGAUAAUGAAGUAGAUGUAUAUCAACUGAAAUGAGAAAUGAUACAUUGAGAAACAGCUGAUUUAAAGAGAGAGGAGGACAACCAAAAGAGGAUAACGAAUUAAAAUAUUUUACUGCUGUAUAAGUAAACGCGCUAGGAAGCGCGUUCGUGUAACAAACAGCUGCGUAGCGGCUAUUAAUAAAGGAGCGAUAACAGAAGUUAAUGACAGAGCGGCUUCGUACAAUUGUAUCGAUGCACAUGCUCUUCGCGAUUUCCUAAGAAAUAAGGAUUUUGGAAAAACGUCCUUUUUUUCCGAGACGAUUGAUUCGAUCAGGAAAUGUGUUUAACGUACGAGUUUAGUGGUGGUUUCCCUCGUAGCAAAGAUCGAGUGCCGGAACGCACAAGAUUUAUUUUCGUAUUAACAAAUAAAUUGCUCAGUACGAAAUAGUCGAACGUUUUACAUUCUACUGGGAGGGGAGGGAGAAGAAAUUGCACAUAUCGGAGUCACGGACGCAUCGAUCGGCGAGGUUCUCGCAGGUGCGAAGUGACGGCUUAGGGUUGGAACGGUCGCGCUAGGUAUGUAAAUGCGAGUGAUCUACACGGAACUGCCUACCGACUUGCACCGAUCCAAUACAUAAUGUAAGAAACUCGCGGGGCUUACAAAUAUCGAGUCAAUUAAUCGUACAGGAUGAUAAUCCAACGAGGGAAAUGAUUUAGUAAUCGUUCACCCGAGAUAUUUAAUCUCGUCCCAGAUGCCGAUUUCUCUCGACGUCUCAAAUGCUCCGCUCGGUCUUAUCAGUAAUUUACACUUACGCUCCCGCAGUUGAUUACAUUAUUUAAGAAACGUAGCUUUAUCCUUCUGAUGCACUUUGAACGCAGACAGAAACGCGAGGGCAAAUCGCGUGUGCAAUUUUUCAUGCACAUGUACAAUAUUGUAACGUAGCGAAAAUCCAGUUGCUUUAAUUUAUAUUAUGUAACACAAUAAUUUUUGAACGAAAAUGAAAAUUGAAUAGAGUUAAAAGAUUGAAUCAGUCGAAAUAAUUUGGGGAAUAAGUCUCGUUUAGACGAAAAUUUUAAUUUAUUCACAUAAUAUUAUAUAAUUUAAUGAUAUUUUCCUAGAUAUAAUUUAUUCACAUUCCAUACGCAGCAUAUAUCUUUACUGUGAGAAAA